UAAUUCAUUUAAAUAGUUUUAAUAAUAUAAAAAUAAUUUAAUGUACCUGUGACAUUUCCUAUACCCGCCAGCUUGGUCUGAGAAUAAUAAUCACUACCACAAUUACAACAAAUUUAACACGACAACAUGGAAUCAAUUAAAAGCUCUAUAGCGGAUCUCACGGAGCACUUUAACUUAAGAAUGGCAGAGUUCCAGAGAGACUUGAGAAAUGCUGUUCCUGCCUCAAGCCCCGUGUCCAAUAUCAACAGCCAAUUCAAUUCGUUUCGCAGUUUUGUAAUAGCGGCUCUUGAAAGUUUGCAACUGCAGGUGGAGCUGCUGUCCCAUCAGUGUGAUGUGAUGGAAAUGCGGUCACGUAGGAAAAUACUCUUGGUCCAUGGUGUUCCGGAGGACAAACAUGAGAAUAUAUCGGCUCAUAUCUCAAAAGUUUUGGGCGAUCACCUUAAAUUCCCUGGAUUAACAGCUGACUCCAUAUCCCGUUCCCAUCGCCUUGGUCAGCCUGGCAAUGGUAAGCCACGUGCGAUUUUGGUGAAGUUCAAGGACACUUCGGUUAAAGACAAGGUCUGGGGCGCCAAAAAGAACCUUAAAGGCACCGGUAUCACCAUAUCUGAAUUUCUGACCAAACGUCGCCAUGAAGUGUUUUUAGCAGCCCGGCAGCGAUUUGGGAUAUCUAGAUGCUGGACUGACAAUGGUGUAGUGAUGGUGAUGGGGUCCGACCAGUCGAAGCACCGUGUUCACACAAAUCAGGAACUGGAUGCCAUCCCCAGUGACAGUGUAGUGGUCCCGGGCCCUUCUGCUGCGACUGUUGUCUCAAAUGCAGUUAAGGAUACCAAAACAACAUAUUUGCGAUCUAAAAGGAACGUUAAGAAGUAAUUUAUUCUUAUUAUCUUGUAUUGUUUUUGUUUUUUCUAUUGCUUAUUUAACAUUUAACGUCUUUCUUUCGCGAGUACUUGUAUCAACCUCGUUUCUUUCUUUUUACUAUCUUGUUUUUGUUUAUUUCAAUGUUCAUUUAAGUUUUUAUCACGUAAUAAAACUAAUAUAAUAUAACAAAUCAGGUAGUAAGCAAUUUUGUGU